AUGUCAGGAUUUAAUCCAAAUGCUAAUAGAGAGCUCAGCCGCGGUGAUGAAGAAACAGAUUGGUCCCAAAAACAGUAUUAUGAAGAUGAAAUCGAUUUUGAAGUUGACAAAACAAUGAGGAGAUCAGAAAUUGAAAAAGCCUUAAGAGUGAUUCAUAACGAUACCAAAAAUAGCAUCCUGCUUGAAGCAUUUAAUAUAUAUCCUCAAGCAAGAACAUAUAGAGACGAAAUAAUCAUUAGAAUUGGCGAAGUUGAUGGCAAUUUUUGCAAAUGGAUUUUACAGCUUGCUGAAGAAGAUAAGAGGCCUGUUGAUAUUGAUUAA